UAGAGGGCUAAAGCGUAAUAUCAUUGACAGCGUAGAGAAAUCAAAUGACUUUCUCUAAAUGUAUAAAUACUUAAUGGUUACGUACUUCGUGUUCCACGUUGACGAAUUGACGCGACGCUGUUGACCUUCCACGUAGCAAGCGGCAAUGGUAGCGGUCGCGUUAUGUCGAUUUAUUCAAUCGUAGACUCAGUGACCAACUAUAUGUAAAAUCAAAUUAGUCCUUCCACAUAACAGAAAAGAUACUUAACAAAUAGUUCAUUAAUAUGAAGAAAUUCAGUUAUUUCCUUUUAUUAGUCAUUCCUUUUAUCAUUUUAAGUGUGAACAGAGGAUCUGGCAUAGCUUAUGCUCAAGAAGAUGAAAAUAUUGAUGAUAUAGUAGACGUUGAAGGUGAAGAGAAUACAAUUAUCACUGACGAUGAACUAGAAGAAGAAACGACUAAUGCUUCCACUGAUGCAGAUACAACCAUUUUAUUUACUAAACCUAUCUAUAACACAUUAUCUACCCUUGAAUUACCUGCUGGAAAUUUGGUAGAAUUCCUUGUUGGUUUCACCAAUAAAGGAGAAAAUGAUUUUGUUUUGGAAUCAUUGGACGCGUCCUUCCGUUAUGCCAUGGAUUUCAAUUUCUAUAUUCAAAACUUUUCUACGUUCACAUUUAAUAGAGUAGUCAAACCUAAACACGAAGCAACCUUGGCAUAUUCGUUCAUACCUUCGGAAACGUUUGCUGGAAGACCAUUUGGACUCAACGUUAAUCUUAAUUAUAGAGAUGUAAAUGGAGUUGGUUACAGUGAAGCAGUUUAUAAUGAAACAGUACAAGUAAUAGAAUUAGAUGACGGAUUAGAUGGAGAAACGGUGUUUCUCUAUGUUUUCCUCGCAGCAUGUGUUAUAUUGACUUUAGUCGGUGGGCAACAAUUACUUUCAUCUUUUGGUCGCAAAUCUCGUUCUUCCACAACACGCAAGGCGCCUAUAGAAAUGGGAACGUCUAAUCCUAAUAACGUAGAUUACGAUUGGUUACCAAAGGAAACUCUUCAUGCCCUCAGUAAGUACAGGAGUACGGGAUCACGCAAUAAAUCAUCUGAAACUUUAAAUCCGCCACGCACUUUCAAUGACAUCAAAGAAAGAAAUGUCAUUUACAAAAAGAAUAAGCAUAGACAUUGAAUUGGUUGUAUUGAUUUAUCGGAAAGAAUAUUUUAUAGACACUUUUUCUAGAUAAGUCCCCCAGAACACCAAAACAAAAAGCCAAGCAAAGAAAAGGAAAGCGGAUUUCUCCAACAAUGUCUGGAACAGAGAAUCACUCUAAUAAUCUGAAUAAUUUAUGAAACUAAUGUCUAUGAUUAAACGAACACUCUCUUCAUUAGGUGAGAUAAAUGAACACACAAACAAACAAAACAAAUAAAUAAUUAUGUGUAAAUUGUCAUGAUACUUGUAUUAUAAACAUCCAUCAUAUACAGUUCUCAAACAAAAACACAUUUGAUGUCGUAAUAAGCUAAUUAUUAUUUAUAAUAAUAAUAAUAAUAAUAUGAAAUUAGUAUAUAAUUAAAAAACAAAAAAGGGAAAGAAAGUAAAAGAAAAAGAGAAAAUGAUAAGAAAGAAACAUUGUGUCUCAUAUGUACAAUUAACAUCAAUUUUUGUAGUUCCAUAGAUAUUAUUAUUAAGCAUACAUAUUGUUUGUUUAUAAAAUGAUAUGGGUAUGUAUAUGUUUAUGAUAAAAAGAAAAUAAAAUAAAUAUGUGAUUGUUUUAUAAUUAUACUCGUAUUGCAUACACAAAAAUGUGAUAGAAUAAACUAGCUAUUGUAUAUAAGUAUAUAAUAUUAUUUCCAUAUAACAUUUUUAAUAAAUUUCAUGUAAGCCCAU